AGAAAAUUUCCAAAGAAAAAGAAAGACUCAGUCAGGUACAAUGGCCCACGCAUCCACCUCCGCCAACCUAAGCGUAUCCCGUCUCUUCGACUUUAGCAAACAUGUCGUCCUCGUCACAGGCGGAGCCACCGGUCUCGGCGAAAUGGCGGCGCAAGCAUUUAUUCAAAAUGGAGCAUAUGUUCUCAUUGCGAGUCGGAAGAAGAGCGCUUUGGAAGAAACUGCGAAGCGAUUGAAUCAACUCGGUCCCGGGAAAUGUGAUUAUAUUGUCGCGGAUUUGAAGGAUAAAGCGGGUUGUUUGGCGUUGUGUGAGGAGGUGAAGAAGAAGACGGAUCGACUUACUGUGUUGUUGAAUAAUAGUGGUGCGACUUGGGGUGCACCAUAUGACGACUUCCCCGAAUCCGGCUGGGACAAACUCAUGGCCCUCAACGUCAAAUCCAUCUUCUACACCACCGUCGGUCUACACUCCCUCCUCACCCAGUCCGCCACACCCCACAACCCAUCCCGAGUGAUCAACAUCGCCUCCAUGGCCGGCAUCACGACCGUCGACGUAACCGUAGGCGAAGAAGGCGGACUCGCCGCUCCAGGGACAGGAACAUUCUCCUACGGACCUUCCAAAGCGGCAUGUAUUCAUCUCUCCAAAGGCCAAGCGAGUAAAUUGAUGCCGGACCAUGUGACAGUGAAUUGUAUCUGUCCCGGAGUGUUUCCCUCGCGAAUGACGGCGUUUGGCAUGGAGAGUGCGUUGGAUACGUUGGUCGCUGGGCAGCCGAGUGGGAGAGUGGGCACGCCGGAGGAUUUUGGGGGGUUGGUCUUGUUUUUGGCGAGUCGAGGGGCGGCGCAUAUGACGGGCAAUGUAUUGGAGAUUGAUGGCGGGGCGACGUUGAGUGGAUAUCGCAGUCGGAGGAAGGCGACGGGGAAGGGGAAGUUGUGAGUUGAAGGGU